CAGGUGGAGCAGCCCGCGUCGGAUACCUCGAGCCCACCUGGGGCGCUUGAGGCUAUCACGGCGCCUUUGACGCUGGCGACCCUUGAGGACUCCGCCGUGGUUCCUGGACGCGACGCCAAGGAAUUGAAGAGUGCCACGACAGAUGCUUUGGUCAACGCCUGGCGGGACGUUAAGAAGACUACCGCACAGCUGGCGGAGAAGCUGAACCAAGGGAACGCGAUGAAACUCUAUCCGCGGAGGACAAACUCGACUAUGGCGCAAUCGUGGCCCUAUUGCGCAAGCACUACGAAGGGCCCAAGCAAAUGGCGGAUGCCAGACAAGAGUUGUCGUCGUGCAGACAGGCUGCGGGUGUGUCCAUCUCUGCUUUUGCUCUUCGCC